AUGACAACAACGUAUCUACCUCAGCCACACAAUCCACCGCUUCCGCCACUAGCAUUCACGACAUCAAAUCCACCAUCUCCCAAAUCCAAGCCCAAGACUAAGCCCAGGACUAAGGCCGAGACUAAAACUAAAAAUAAAACGCCUGCUCCUGCUCCUGCCCAAAACAUCAAUAAUCCAUUUCAUGUACUAUACACCGACGAGGAAGAUCUGCAAGAUACGGUCCAUCGAAGAAAGCAACUGCUGCACCAGCACAACACAUGGCAUGAUGCCACGCGAUAUCGACGGAUCUCGCAUAAGUUUGAAGAUGAAACUAGCCACAGGCGACGAGAAGCCGAAAAUGGAAACCUGGCGAGUGGCCACAGCCCUGAUCACCAUAAGGUGAUUGUUGAUUCAUCGAGUUUGAAAAGAUCAGGCUCUGUGAUUUCACGACGGGCAACACUACGCAAUCGAGGUCGCAUAACACGAAGAAACACCACUUGCAAACGAGAUCACAGAUCCGCUUCUUCACCGCCAAAAGCUAAAUCGUCCGCCUUCCCGGCCGCAUCGUCAUCAUCGUCAUCAUCAUCGUCACCGUCAUCUUGGUGGUUGCCUUGGUUGUGGCCGAAGUUCACCUUCCCCGUGAUGCGCAAACGAUCACUACGUUACACCAAGCUCAAACCCACAACAACUACACUUGCAAAUUUCAAAACGCGCCAACAAUUUGAUCAGUUUAUCAAGUCCAGCAAUUAUGAAUCAAUCGUGGCGUCGAUUCUUCCUGACCAAAUCAAGUAUUGGUACUUCACUCAACCCUUGCACCCUAAGCCUCAACUCCAUUACCAUAUCAAGACUGAGCCAAAGAAAACUACUAGUGAGGUUAGAAACCAGGUGGAAUCGGUUAAAUUUAUGGAUGUCUUGUACGAAAAUUAUAAAUCGCGCGUGUUUGAACAGAGUGGUGCCGAGGGUGCAAUCAAAGGUAUACCUCCAAGAUUCCAGACUUUGUUUCCCCAGGACCGCAAGCACUUGAACACGAGAGAAUUGAACCAAUUGAAUGUGAGGUUGUUGUUGGAGAUUUUGUUGCGUCGUACAGUGGCAGCUAAGGUUGAAUAUCGAUUGAAACUGCAUCGUUUUAGCGAUGACGUGCCCCAUGGUUUGGCCCAUUCUUGGUCGUCUGCUUCCACCGGUGGCUCAACGGAUUCGUCAAAUUCGACUUUUUCUUCUCAGAGUCAAAGUCAAAGUCAAACUCAGAGUAACCACCGCCAUCGCCAUCGUGACCAUCACCGUCCUCGUGAACACCACCCUCGGCAUCAACGCAAAUCACCUAGGAAAUCGGAAGCAUCGUCGUCGCCGUACUACAAUAAUGAUGAUUUGAUACUUCAAAACCCGGCAAUUUUCCAAGAUAUGUUGGUGCAGCUGCAACUGCAACUGCAACUGCAUUCGUCAAACAGUACACCAACUAAGCGCCAACAAGGCCAAGAUUUGUAUCCCGUUAAUAUAAUCAUGCCGAGUAUUGCCAAUGGAAUGGUUACCAAGCACGUAUCAUCUAUGCCUUCCCUAGUGAACAAGCCCGCGGUUCAGAAACAAGCAAAGAAACCAAUUGUCACUUCAGCUGAUUGUACAGAAUUUUCCAUCUCAUCCAUGGCCACUGCACCAAAUGGACCAAGUGGAGCUCAUUUGCUGGAUACAAUUCCGACAUCGCCCCUAGGCAAAAGCGAGGAUGCAACAACUACUGCGCUUUUGCAAUUGGAGAACCUAGCUGCGUUUUCAUCCGGCGGCACCACCACCACCACUACGACCAAGAAGAAGAAAUCAGCGAGUACGCUCAACACUUCGAUUUUGGAUACGUUGCAUUUGGAUGAUUUAUCUAUCGAUUACGAUGACAAUGACGAUGACGAGAAUGCUGGAAAGAGCGAUGUUUUAACUUGA